AUGGAGGUCUCCAACCCGGGCUUGGGGCCUCAUUCCCGGCUUGGGAUACCCCCACAGACCCCCAUGGUCCUCUGGAGCCCGGGACCGGUCUGGUUCCCAGAGUGGUACACUCAAAAGGCCACCAAAACCCCGGGUAAUGGGGGCCCCGCCCGUGGUGUAGUGGCUAAGGUGAUGGACCAGAGAUCCAGCGACGUGGGUUCGAAUCCUGCCCGGGGACCAUGCCUCACACCUGGGUUGGGAACCUCCAGGGACCCCCGCUGUCAGAGAACCAGGGGGCAUGGAGCCCUGAGCCGCACCCGGGGACCAUGCCUCACACCUGGGUUGGGAACCUCCAGGGACCCCCGCUGUCAGAGAACCAGGGGGCAUGGAGCCCUGAGCCGCACCCGGGGACCAUGCCUCACACCUGGGUUGGGAACCUCCAGGGACCCCCGCUGUCAGAGAACCAGGGGGCAUGGAGCUCUGAGCCGCACCCGGGGACCAUGCCUCACACCCGGGUUUGAUGCCUCCUUCCCUGGCUACAUACAUCCAGUGACACCCCCCCUGGUCCUGGAGGUUCUGGGACCCCAGCUUGAGGCCUCCUUCCCGGGUUGGAAUAUGAGAGAGUGGGCCCAGGAGUACCAGGGGAAAAACCACAGGUCUCCCCCAGGAAAGAGCCUCAGAAGUCGGUUCAUUGCCCGGUCACCUCAAACCAGGCCUCCUUCCGGUAAAGCGCGGGCCCCCGCCGUUGAGCGAAGUCGGGUUGGGACUUCCAGACACCCCCUGGUUCCAUUGUGGUCGACCCGCCGUGGUCGAGUGGUUAAGGUGAUGGACUGGAGCGCGGGCGUCGCAGGUUCAAAUCCUGCCCCGGUCAUGGGCGUCAUUAACCCAGGUUUGAUGCCUCCUUCCCUGGCUAUAUACAUCCAGUGUCUGGGACCCCAGCUUGAGCCCUCCUUCCCGGGUUGGAAUAUGAGAGAGUGGGCCCAGGAGAACCAGGGGAAAAACCACAGGUCUCCCCCAGGAAAGAGCCUCAGAAGUCGGGUUGGGGACUUCCAGAUACUCCCUGGUUCCUACAUUGACCUCAAAGCGCCUAUAAAGCGGGGGGCCCCGCCAGUGGUCGAGUGGUUACGGUUUGAUGCCUCCUUCCCUGGCUACAUACAUCCAGUGACACCCCCCCUGGUCCUGGAGGUUCUGGGACCCCAGUUUGAGGCCUCAUUCCCGGGUUGGAAUAUGAGAGAGUGGGCCCAGGAGAACCAGGGGAAAAACCACAGGUCUCCCCCAGGAAAGAGCCUCAGAAGUCGGGUUGGGGACUUCCAGAUACUCCCUGGUUCCUACAUUAACCUCAAAGGGCCUAUAAAGCGCGGGCCCCCGCUCGACCCCGCCCGUGGUCGAGUGGUUAAGGUGAUGGACUGUUGCGCCAGCAGUCCGGGUUCAAAACCCGGAGAUACCAUUGAUGGACUUAGACAAAUUUUCAAAUCUGCUGCCAGAACCAGGCCUGUCAUGGUUGUCCUGAAGCCCGGUUUGAGCCCUGAUUCCCGGAUUGGAUACUUCCAGUGA